UGCGGGCGCGCGGCGGCGACGGGAUGGCGCUGGCCGAGGAGGCGAAGCGGAGGGCCGCCUGGGCCGCAGUCGACGCCCACGUGCAGAAUAACCACAUCCUUGGAAUUGGCAGCGGCUCUACUGUAGUCCAUGCUGUAAAUCGGCUGGCAACAAGAGUUAAAGGAGAGAAUCUCGACAUUACUUGUAUCCCUACAUCUUUUCAGGCACGCCAGUUGAUUCUGCAGAAUGGCUUAACUUUAAGUGACCUGGAUCGACACCCAGAGCUGGAUGUUGCCAUUGACGGGGCUGACGAAGUGGACUCUGACCUCAACCUUAUCAAAGGAGGCGGGGGCUGCCUGGCUCAGGAGAAGAUUGUUGCUGCCUGUGCAAAAUGCCUCAUUAUUAUUGCUGAUUACAGAAAGAAGUCCAAAAGCCUUGGAGAGCAGUGGAAGAAAGGGAUCCCUAUCGAGGUCAUCCCCAUGGCCUAUCGGCCAGUCGUCAGGACCCUGACCAAGAGGCUUGGAGGUGCUGCAGAACUGAGGAUGGCUGUCAGUAAAGCGGGUCCAGUGGUGACAGACAAUGGGAAUUUUCUGUUGGAUUGGAGAUUUGAUAAAGUGCAUAAAUGGGACGAUGUGAACAUAGCAAUCAAGAUGAUACCAGGAGUGGUGGAAACCGGUCUCUUCAUCAACAUGGCGGAGCGAGCUUACUUUGGUAUGGAAGACGGCUCAGUCAGCAUCCAAGAGAAGCCAGCCCACUGACCAGCCCUCGCCUUCUUCACCUGGCCCUCACUUGAUUCUUGUUAGGGUGCCAUUGACAUCUUGCCUUAGAGUGUGUGUGUGUGGGGGGGGUGCACACCCAGUGAACGAGCAAGAAGUCCAGCAGACUUAACUGAAGUGAAUUUUCUCCUUUAAGUCUGUUUUUUUACUUUUUUCAUAAAUGUUCUUAAUUUUUUAAAGGACAGUUGAAAAUGUUGAACACAGUUUCUUUUAAACUCUUUUCAUUUGGUGUUUAUACAGAAUGUUUACAAAAAAGGAUAUGACUAGCAGUGCUUUAGCCAUCUGGUUUGCUCAAGCAGUGUCUGUCAGGGAAUGAAGCCCAGAAAACAGACAGUUCAUAGUGCAUUGGAACUCACAGAUGCCUUCUUGGACCCUCUUGGUUCUCUGUUUUUUUUUUAAAAACAAUUUUUUCAUACUUUUUUUUUAAUAAUGCAGCUUGUCUAAUUUUGCUAUACUGCACUUGAUACCUGGUCCGUGAGAUAUCAUAAUGUGAAUGGCCUUUUAAGUUCUAUUUAGGACUCAUCAUUGCAUUUCUGGCAGUGCUGUGCCAUUUGGCACAUUAUUUUCUCGUAACAGAUGCGAAAGGGAUGAAAAAAUGGUGUGCAUCCCAGGCCUGCUGCAGCUAGCCCCCAGCAUGCAAAGCUGAAUGGGUCACUGGCCCCAAACAUGCCGUUCACACCUUAAGACCUUCCUGAAGCUGCAUGAGAAUAGGUGUGCCAGAGUGUCCUCUUCUGCUGUGUGGGAAGUAUGGAUUUGACCUAAACAGGGUGCCAACCUUUUGUUGGUCCUUUUCCAAUCUGGGGAGUGUGGGUGCUAAUGUUCCAGUUUCUUUGCCAAUGUUCUAUGUGCUAAUGUUCCAGUUUCUUUAUUUUCAGUCAUUUGAAUAGUUAAUGCCCAGAGUUCAGUCUGGGGCCUAAUUCUGCUUUACAGUGGAAAGUUCCUGGUUCACUGUUUCUCACAUGUUGAUGUUUCAUGCAAUGUCCUACCUAAAUAGAAAGAUUGAUUGAGCUUUCUGCCAGACAUCUUAAUGUAGCAGGAACAAGGCACCUUUUAAAUGUAUCAUAUUCCAUUUCUAAGUGCUUUGUACAAUAAUUCUGUCAAAAAAGACACCAAAUUGUCUCUUUCAAGCAACAGAAUUUUAAAAAAGCUGUAAUGCCAAUGCCCUGUGCAUUUUCUUGUUUAAGUGAAACUGCAUAAGUAACAGUCAGUUGAGCUCUGAGAGACAGCGGGAAGGGGAGAGUGUUUGCCUUUUCUUAUCUGCUGGGGAGAAUUAGCUGAGUGCUACUGUGUAGAAGGAGAGAGUCUGAGUUUAUGUGUUUGCUUGCUGAGGAAGAGGAACUGCUGUUUCUGUUGUCUGUUUUGACUGGGCUGUAGCUGAGUGUAGUUGAUUGCAUCAGGUGAUUGUUGCUGAUUGGAAGUGUCUAUGUUGCCUGGGCCUGACUGCUGGCCCCACUCUAUUUGCAUUUGUCAGGCUACACCUUGCUAGAGGGUCAAGCCUUUGGCGCAAGCUAAAGGGCUUUUGGUUAGCCUAGGGUCUCUGAAAGAAGCCCGGGAAGGACCAGGAAGCCAGGUGAGGAACCCAGGGCUGUAGUCUCCUAGUGUUCCCAAUAAGGUAAGCAGACUUUCCACAAGGAGAGUCACAAAAAAAAAUGGUAUUAAAGGGGGGGAUUGUAAAUUUAAAAAGCAGUUAUGAAGGCAGAAUGUCAGCAGGAGGUUGGGGGCUUUCCAGUGACUUCCCACUGGACGGAAGUCUUCAGUAUGUGCUCAGUGCAAAGAGCUCCUGGUUCUCAGGGAACAAGUUCACACCUUUGAGGCCAAAGUGGCUGACCUGGAGAAGCAGAGACAGUCAGGCACUUAGAGAAGACUCUCGGGGACUUGUUAGAUGUGUCCCACUCUAAAAAUGGGAGCCCCACUGUUGCCAGGGAGCAUGAGGGUCAAUAGGCAGCAGGACACCUGCUGAGGAUAAGGGAAAUGUGCCCCCAGAAGGGACCUCUUUUUUAGUUGGUGAGCAGGUAUCCUUUUGCACCAAGGAACCAUUCCUGGGCAGGGAGAGGGGGGGUUCUUGGUAGUUGGUGAUUCGAUCCUCAGACAAGUAGACAGCUAGGUGGCUAACUCAUGUACUGACCAUAUGAUGACUUGCCUGCCUGGUGCAAAAGUAGCAGACAUUACAUGUGUUCUAGAUAGACUGAUAGACAGUGCUGGGGAGGAGCCAGUGGUCAUGGUACAUGUCGGCACCAAUGAUGUGGGGAAAUGCAGUCGUGAGGUCCUGGAGGAAAAAUUUAGGCUGCUAGGCAGGAGACAAGGCCAGGAUCUCCAAGGUACCCUUCUCAGAAGUGCUACCUGUUCCACACACAGGGCAGGAGAGACAGGCACAAAUUAGGAGUGGAAGUUGUGUGGAAGAGACAAUGGUGUAGGGAAGAAGGGUUCAAGUUUGUUAGGCACUGGGGUGCUUUUUGGAACAAGUGGAAGCUGUACAAAAGAGAGUCUCCAUUUGUCCCCAGAAGGAACCAGGCUGCUUGUGCUUAAAAUCAAGAAGGUUCACUAUUAUCCACAAUUUAUUUCUUCCAAAAAUUCUCAACAGUGUUACAGACAAAAAACCAUCUAUUGCACAACACACCUACUGUCCAGAAAAAUCAUAUAUUAUUAAAGUCCAACGAAUCAUAAAA